AGCGGCAGUCUGCGUGUGCAGCACGUGAGCCGCAGCGGUGAGGAAACAUGGCGGCGCCCUCUGCAGCAGCUCGCCUGCGUCUCCUGGCAGGACGGAGCGUCGCCUCCUGUCUGGCAGCCCGACAGAGACGGGCCGUCCGGGUCCCCGCGGGGAGAAGCUUCGUGUCCACGUCGAGCGGCAGCUAUCUGCAGUUCAGGCUCGACGAGCGAACCGCACACAGCAGUCUGGACCUCUUCAAGAAAGACACGGGCGUGAUCUACCGCAUGCUCGGCCUGGACCCCUCCCACGUGCCGAAAAACCCCGAGCGCUUCCGGGACUGGGCCGUCGUGUUCGGCGACGAGCAGAUCAGCGCCGGGCGGCACUACUGGGAGGUGACCGUGAAGAAGUCGCAGGAGUUCCGCCUGGGCGCGGCGGAGGCGACGAUGUGCAGAGACGACUGCGUGGGCACCAACGGCUCCUCCUGGGUGUUCGGCUACGCUCAGAGGAAGUGGUUCGCCAUGACCAAAAACAAGAUGGUUCCCGUGACGCUGGUGGGGAAGCCCGAACGCGUGGGAAUCCUGCUUGACUUUGAGGCGGGCGUCGUGGCGCUGGUGGACGCCGAGAAGCCCCGGAUCAUUCACACCAUCAGAGCCCAGUUGAAGGAUCCCGUCUGCCCCGCCUUUGGACUUUGGAACGGAGAGCUGCUCACACACUCCGGUCUGGAGGUACCCGAAGGCCUGAAGUGAUGCAGAAUCAUCCGUGACGGGCCGGCCGGUGCCGUAGCAACUGUAACCACAACAGUACCUGAUGAUGGUGCAGUAAAGAAAGCAAUAUACUUCCUGGGAAUCCUGUCUGAUUCUGUUCGCGGCGGUGCGUCAUGUCGCCUCACAAUGCAUCUUCCUACUGUAUGUAUUCAAGUCUCUGGCGAUCGUGUCAGACUUUUUCUGAGUGUAACUCAUGUAUUACCUCUGAAGCUUCCUGGUAUUCGGACGGUGUGGGUCAGUUUUGAUAGAAACUUUAAUUAUCAAGCUUUUUUUUUUUUUUUUUUUUACAUAGAAUGUUCUGUCAUGAAAUGAUAAGACCUGAAGCAAUAAAACAUUUCUCAUGUGUGUUUAUAAUGGUUCUAAACUAUCUUCACAUUUGGUUUAUUUUGCAAUGUUGAAAGCAUUGUGAAGCGGUCAGUGUCACUGCCACUUCUGUGAAAUAAAAAAUAAA